GCUGUUUUGAAAUUGAUCGUUAACCUUUUUGAAAUGCUUGAAAUAAUUUUUGUUUAUAGUGCCAGUUUUAAGUGUUGUUUUUGAAGUCAUGGUGUGUAGUGCAUGUGAAAAUGAAUUCAAAAUAACUGCGAGUCUGUUUACACCAUUUUUGAGUUACAAUGCAGACAAUGAGCGGACCCAUCUCUUAGUUCAGCAAGCAAUGAACUAGGUUGUCGGAAAAGAACUAGAAUUUUGGAAGUGAAUUAGAAGUGAACUAUAAUGCCUGGGAACUAGUGGAAGAUGACGUCAUCGCUGCUAGUUAGCCGCAGUCGGCUCCAAUGAGGAGGCUCAUCACUGAUGCACAGGCCAAAUUUCGCAAAAUGGUAGAAGACCAACGUGUAGUAGGAGGGUCACAACCCCCUCAAGCAGAUGGGGUGGAGUCCACCCCCACGCCUGCACCCUCUAGCCAGGAUGGAGCAACUCCCAAGGCUUCCCUGGACGCUGAGAAAGGGGAACCGCCACCUCCCCCCGUCUCCUCAUCCUCCUCCUCCUCACAACCUCCUCCGCCUCCUCCGAGAGAACGCAAGAUUCCUCCGGUGCCAACAGCUGUGACGUCAUCAGCAUCCUCGCCCUCAAAUGUGGCCGCACCGGCAUCAGGAGUGACUAUGUCAUCGUCCUCUAUAACAGCUGUGACGUCAUCAAGUGUGGCCUCAACGUCUUCUAUGGCAUCAGGAGUGACCGCACCAUCUUCAGAUGUGACGUCAUCACUAGAGAACGGUGCGGACUCCGUGCAACAGCUAGUGAGACCCCCGAGUCCUGCCCCCGGGCCCAGUAAUAAGGCCGACACUUCAGUUGUGUUGGCCUCCUCGCCGGUGGCAUCGACUAGCAGCUGUCAGGUGACAGAGCCAUCCUCGACCUCGACCUCCUCCAAGCAACAGUUGAGCCUGAGGUUGGACAACGAUCGGCUCAGGCGGGAGGUGGCCGAACUCAGGCGGUUACUCAGUGCUCAGGUGGGCGGGGCCUCGUCUAGUGCACAAAUGAGCGGAGCCAAUGGCAUGGAGGGGAUGACAGAUGCUGACAAAGUGCUGACUUUGCAGAAUGAGUUGGCUCAGGCCAGGGAGGCGUUAGCUGCGUCGAAAUCGGACAGAAAGCGUCUAAAAGCAGAGAAAUUCGACCUGUUGAAUCAGAUGAAACAGCUCUAUGCUACUUUGGAAGAUAAAGAAAAGGAACUCAGAGAUUUCAUUCGCAGUUUUGAACAGGAGCGCUGUGAAAGGGAGAGAGAGAGAUGGAGCCUGCUGAGGCAUGCCAGAGAUGAGGCGGAGAGGAGUCUGAAUUUGGCCGCACAACUCGAUAUCAAAGACCAGCAACUCAUCGAGGCCCGUCGCCAGCUAUCUUCAGCGUGUUUGAGUGACGGAGGAGGAGACAACAUCUCUCUCUGUCGCACCAGUCUCAAUGGAGGGGGCAGUCGGGCAGGAGGAGGAGGAGGUGGAGAGGGGGGAAGUGCUCCUCCUCCCGCGGCGCACACUCCCACCUCUAGCAAUCUCAUGAUUGGUGGAGGCGGAGGAGACAGAGGCUCUUGUAGUGCCGACUCCGGGGUUCGCGGCUCCUCAGACAGGGAGUCUGGGGCGACUAGUGCCACGGGAGGCAACCUUUCUGAUUCCACCACUGAUGGUGCACCAACCUUGAAUUACGAAUCAUCGCACCAUCACCUUCAUGCCAACCUGACAGACACAAAUUGCACCAACAAAAAUUGCACCAAUAUUGAGCAAGACACCAUCUCGCUUAUGUCUUCCAUAGCGACUGGAGCUUCCUAUCAAUUGACGACGCCCAAGGAUUGCAACAGUCCAUCUCUCUCACCUCUAAACGCCCAUCCUUUUUCAAGGUCUCUGGAAAAUAGUAAUCUAUCCAGGAGUGUGGAACAGCUGACCAGUCCACCGCCUUCAUUCGAUCAGCUGUUAGAUGACAGAGUGGUGCCUGCCAACCAUCGACGCAGCAAGGAGAGACUGUCAUCUAGGAGUUGUGGUCUGCCCGAACAGGAGGGGGUAGUGGACCGUGGGGCAGUAUAUCGCGGGUUUUCGCCAGGAGUAGACAUCGCAGUAAGGUCCCCUCGCCUAGCAGUCAUGACGAAAUGUCUGGUGGAGGCGUUUGCUUGGGGAAUGUCAAAGAUUAUUACUCAUUUAUCUAUGUAUCUCGUAUGUAUCUAUCUAUUAUCUAUUCAUGCAUUCAUUUAUAUGUUUAUUAAUUCAUCUUUUAAUGUGUUUGUGAUUACAGGAACAGGAGGGGGUAGUGGACCUUGGGGCAGUAUAUCGCGGGUGUUCGCCAGGAGUAGACAUCGCAGUAAGGUCCCCUCGCCUAGCAGUCAUGACGACGCACUGUCGGCGUGUGGAGACCCGACUUAUGCCAGUGUGGGAGGGGGAGGAGCUAGGAGUUGGUCGCCCCUAACAGAGGAGGGGUAUGCUGAGAAAUUACGACUUCUAAGAGAAGCGGGCCAGGUUCCAAUGGAACGAUGGAGAGCCCCGACAGUACUGGCUUGGCUAGAGAUUGCCCUCGGAAUGCCCCAAUAUGGACCCCGCUGUGCUGAGAAUGUCAAGUCCGGAAAGGUGCUGUUGGAGCUAUCAGACGUUGAGCUAGAGUGUGGCCUGGGCAUCAGCCAUCCGAUGCAUCGCAAGAAGCUGAGACUAGCCAUAGAGGAACAUAGACAACCUGGUCUGGUCAGGUAUCCGCCCAUAGCACAACUGGGACACACAUGGGUGUCUUCUGAAUGGCUGCCUGAUCUCGGAUUGGCUCAGUACUCGGAAAAUUUUGCGGCCAACAUGGUCGACGCUCGAAUGCUGGACAACUUGAGCAAAAAAGAGUUGGAAAAGUUUCUGGGUGUGACAAGGAAAUUCCAUCAGGCCUCCAUUGUGCACGGCAUACAUCUGCUCAGGAUGAUGAAAUACGAUCGACAGGCGUUGGCAGUACGCAGACACCAGUGUGAGACCAUAGAUGCAGAUCCACUAGUUUGGACUAAUCAGCGUUUCAUUAGAUGGGCGCGAAACAUUGACCUGGGGGAGUAUGCUGAUAACUUGAAAGACAGCGGUGUUCACGGCGCACUGGUUGUGUUGGAGCCCUCUCUGAACGGUGACACCAUGGCGACCGCCCUCGGCAUUCCUCCCUCGCGUCACAUGAUCAGACGACACCUGACCACCGAACUGGAAGCUCUGGUCCUGCCCGCCAGGUCAUCGUUUGAGCGAUUGGCAAGGGAGCGUCGCCGGACUGAGCGCCUUGUCAGUGGAGGGGGAAGCUUAGGACGGAGUUUUUCAAGAUCGUACGGCGCACUUUCGCACGCCAGCGCGCACAGUUCUCCCAGGUCAUCGGUGGUGCUCGAUGGGGGGGCAGAGAGCUUCCCCGCCACACCCCUGCCAGCCCUGCAAGCGGGCGACAUCAUGCAGCAUCAUCAUCAGAGUCAUCAUCACAGCAAUGGCGGCGGUGAAAAGGAGAAGGAUAAACGACGUGCUAGCCUCAGGACCUACAGUAUGCUCUACUUGAAGAAGUUUUCAUCUUGGAAAAACUCUCAGAGCUCUCUGGGUCGUGUCCUCGGACUAAAAUCUUCCUCCUCCACCUCCUCCUCAUCUCAUCAUAAUCAUCAUCAUCACCAUCAUUCGUCAUCAUCAUUGCGCGUCUCCGAUCCCUGUCCCCUCCCCUCAUCCUUCUAUCCUUCCUCUCCCUCACACUCUCCCUCCUCCUCACUCCAGCCACCUCUCCCUCCGAACGACUAUUUCCCCUCCUCUCCCUCCUCUCAUCCCCCACCACUCAACCACUAUUACUUCCCCUCCUCUCCCUCGCAGCAUCCCCCUCCUCUACCACCGCCCAACUCCCACCACCUCACCCGUGGUCAUCAUUCGCCCACCUACUCGUCGCCGGCACAGUUUGGCGGUGCCGGUGGUCACAACAACUUGUCCUUGUCGGCUAGCAGUACCACUCUGUCAUCGUCCUCUGACGGGGCAGUGACGUCAUCGCUGGGUGGUAACGGGGUAUCGUCGCCGGCAUCGGUAGCAGGAGCUGGUGGUAACGGGGUGUCGUCAUCGGUUAACGUCGCUGUGUCGUCGGCCCACUUUGGAGGGACGUCGGCUGGUGGUGUGACGUCAUCAGUAGCUACUAAACAGCGGCGGCCUCACCGGCAUAGACGGGUCAAGUCGAUUGGGGACAUCAAUGUGGCCUCUCCCAUAUGAACAAUAACGAUUCAAAUUUGAACUACCCCACAACUAAUGGUUAAUCUAUCGAAAUAGUUAUUAUUCUCAGACCUGUUUGCACAAACGCCUGUUGAAUUUCAUUCAUGAUUGAAUGCCAUGGGACCCUACCUCCGUAAACAAAGCCGUAGUGCAUUCGUGUGACGUAAGCACAGGUAGGGAUCCUACACCAAUAAAAAUUCGUUGAUUUCGGCUGAUCUAUAUCAGCUAGAGUUUUUAUUGGUGUAGGAGCCCUACCUGUGCUGACGUCACCAGAAUGCACUAUGAGACCAAUCAGUGAAGACUUCUAUGAUUGGUACUUGUGGUAUUUAAUCACUGUUAAAAUUUAACAGGCUUCUAUGCAACCAAGCUUGAUAGCUCCAUGUUUAAUAGAAUUUUGAAACCUACUGAAAGAGUUUGGAAUUUAGUCAGAUCAUAUAAAUUAUGGGCGAAAUCGAUGUGGACCUUUUAUCUAAAGACCCCUGUGCUAUCAAUAUAAUAUUCUUAAAUCUCCUGUUGUGAAAUAAUUUUGAAACGAGUUGGAUGGUUGUACUCAAAUUGGAUAAUCUGGACUCCACCCUAAGAAAUUUUCCAAUUGCAAAGCAAUGCCCAGCCUCACUAGGUAUACAAGAACUGAUUUUAGAUGCUAUACUGAUAGAUCUGAGAAUAGUUAAUAAAUGAAAAUUACCAGUCGAAUCAAACUCUGUGAGAAAAUAUGUUUCCCUUAGAAUAGUUAGGUAAUGAACUGUUAAUUUAUUGAUGGAAAUAAAUCAAUAAACAACCCAAGAGCUUUCACAUCACCCCUCAAUGAAAGACAUUCCAGCAUUUAUUUUUAGGGUAUAAAUGUAAUUAAUAAAGUUAUUGAGUCAUGUAGGCCCUGAAAUAGUGCAGGUGUGACCUGAUACCAGACCUGAGCAAUUAUUCAGGUCAAUCAAUAUUUAUUUAUUAUUAGGAUAAUAUUCAACAUUAUUUUCUUGAUGAAAUAGACUGACCUUUAUAAAGUAUUAGAAGAGAAUUAGUUGAAAAUAUUUAUUAGUAGAUUGAGCAGUUGAUAAUUAAUUAGUUGAUAAAUCAUAAACCACCACCACAUAUUAGUGUUGUGGUUUGCUUAUCAGUUCCUUAUAUAGGGGUGACAAUCAUUUCAUCUAGAUUUCAGUUCAUCCAAAAUCAGCUGUUUUGUCAACGUUUUUGUUCCUUGUGUUUUAUUAUGUGAAAUUAUCAAACAUUGGUAUAAUAGCAGCAUUUUGUCAUUCAAGAACAAAAACCUUGCCUUGGAAACAUAAUUGAAUAUAUUCUUUAUGGUGUACAGUUGAACUGAAAUUUAGAGGAACUGAGACCCUUCCUCUUUUUUAGUAUGCUUGGGUUCGGUUCCUGGCUAGAUCUGUCAUUAUCUGUCACUCUAAACACAAUAAGCUUUACCGUGCUUUUAAACUCAUCCUAAAUUUGAUGAUUUUGUUUUGAAAAAAUGUUUGAUUUGAUCUCGAAUUCAGAGUGCCAUUAUUAUGCUAGUAGUUUUGGAGUGAAAUGCCUUCAAUGGCUGACCCUCACAUUUCGACACCACUCCAGAGCUAUGCACCACUUUAUUGUACUCUGUGUUGUGAUCUACAAAGCUGUGUGUGCUUUUCGAUUUUUGUUUGUAUUUUUGUAAUCUGUGGUUUUGAAAUGCGUGCAAUCAGUAUUAUGUGUAAUAUUCUACUACAGUAUUAUUUAUUCAAAUUGUAAAAAUGUAAUUAUGUUUAUGUAUGUGUAUCGAGUACCUAAUAAAAGGAGUGCAAUACAAUAAAUUAUAUUGA